UAUUAUUUUAGCGAACUUCACCGUGUCAACUCCAAAACAUUACGUUCCUUUUCCGAGCAAGUGGUUGCGCCGCUCUAUUUAUGUGCUCUAUAUAAACAUUUGUUUUAUCGAGUUAUCUUUCAACACGCGCUUAUUAAACACUACAUUAAAAUGGUACGAGACAACCAAUGUCAGUGUGGAGCACAGGCUCGAUUGGCCUAGACAUAGGCAAUUUGGUUAAAACAACACAUAAUACUUGUAGUACAACAAACCUGUUUUACAGAAAUCACAAAAAGUGUAACAUGUCACAAUCAGGCGACGAACUUUACACACCCCGCUAUUUAUCAUGGCGAAAACUUCAUUUGAGUCGAGCGAAACUAAAAGCAUCCAGCAAAACAUCCGCUCUCCUUUCCGGUUUCGCCAUGGUGGCGAUGGUCGAACUUCAAAUCAACAAAGACGAUAUCCCUAACAUCUCUAGGCCCAUGUUAAUUGCAUUCGCGAUUAUCACAACACUCCUUGUAGCCGUGCAUAUGUUAGCAUUAAUGAUCAGCACAUGUAUCUUACCGAACAUCGAAGCAGUUUGUAGUUUGGACACUAUUCAUUUAGUGGACGAAUCACCCCACGAAAGACUACAUUGGUACAUCGAAGUAGCGUGGGCAUUUUCAACGUUGUUGGGGUUAAUUUUAUUUCUAGCGGAAAUUGCUAUAUUGUGUUGGGUCAAAUUUAUAACUAUUGAUACAACAGCUGCUUGGUCAGCAACAGUGAUACUUAUUCCGGUAUUAUUCGUGUUUCUUGCUUUUGCUAUUCAUUUUUAUAGACAGUUAGUUGCGCAUAAAUACGAAAUGACGAUGACGGGGAUAAGGGAAUUGGAAUUGUUAAAGGAGCAAAUUGAACAAGGUGAUGCUGAACAUAGAAUAAAUGGGGUCGGUGAUAAUAUUCCAUCUGGUAUACAUAUUGUUUAAGAUUUAUAAUAAGAGUUAUGUUAAAAUCUUUUUAAACUUGUUUAUUUAAGUUUUUAAAAAGUACAUAUUUGUUUAUGUGUGGGGUUUGAAUAAGAACAUUUUGUAGCUACAGUUUUUAAACCAUUGUGAUUGUUGAAUAAUUUUGGUUUCGAAUAUAUAGCUGCCAUGAUGAUUUUAUUUGAACACCUAAUACUUUCUUUACAAAAUGCUUGACAGUAUUACCUCAUCACAAUAAUUAUUAUACUUAUCUAAAUAAUUAUUUUGUCUUAAAAAUUUUACUUAAUGAAUCUCGUUAUACUUUUGGGAUUAAUUAGUUUAUCUAAAAAAAAAUUAUUUAUUAAAAAAAAAUUGCAAUUUUAAUUAAAAUUAAAUAUUGUAUAAGCAAUAUUUGUAAGAUGUACUCUAAGAUUUGGGACUGUAUACUUUCAAUUGCGAUACUUAAACGAGUAAUCACACUGUGAUUUUUUAAAAUUAGUAAUGUUAUAUUUGAUAUUGUAUAAACCUUUUUAUAAGCUAUAAAAUAUAUAUCAAGAAUAUUGUUUUAAAAAACGUU